UAUCCCGUAAAAAAAAAAAGAUAUCAUAGGUCAAGACCCAAAUCCCCAAACAUCAAAUUAAGCUCUUUGCCAAUAAGGAAACGUCAGCCGCAAAAGUUCUUCCUUCCUUCGCAACACGUUCAGGUUAGAGAUGGACAUAUCACUUACUCCAACAAAUGUUCAUGUUAACACUUAUAUACCUGAUGAUAUUAUUGUCUUUUCUAUUCUCUCUAAACUUUCUCUCAAAUCUUUGAAACGAUUUGCAUGCGUACGUAAGUCAUGGUCCGGCUUAUUUAAUGACCCUACUUUCAUGACUAUGUACAGCAAGAGCUUUUUAACAAAGGGUCAAUCUUAUUAUGAUGAUAAGUCUCUCCUCUUAUAUAUGAUAGUAGAUGGUGAAGACAAAUAUAGUUUGUAUUCCCUUUCUGGUGAGAGGUUUGAGAAUAGAUUCAAAUUAGAUUGGCGGAAGUGUUUUCUAGAGAAUCAGGAUGACCAACUUCCUGUGUCUUGGUUUGAAAUUUUGGGUUUUGUUAGUAUUAAUGGCACUAUUUGUCUUCGUGGUGGCUGUAAUGGUGUUAAGAAAAUUAUAUUGUGGAAUCCAACUACAAAUGAAUUCAAGGUCAUUCCUUCCAGCUUUUGUGAACAUGGAAAUUGUUUGAGUCAUUUUUCCUAUAAUCAUUUAGUUGGUUAUGAUCGUGUUAGAGAUGACUAUAAGGUGAUUCAGUUCACAGAGUGUACACCAUGUAACCCUAAAGACUUCAGCAAAAACUUUUGGGAGAUAUAUAGUCUAAGAAGUAAUUCGUGGAGGAAAAUUGAUGUCAAUAUGCCUAAUACUUAUAGGUACAUUGAACAAGUGUACAUGGAUGGAGUGACUCAUGAAUGUUGGGGUAAACGUGGAAGACAGUCAUUUUUGGGGUCAUUUGACUUUAGCCGUGAAUCUUUUGUUAGAACACCCUUACCCUCUUAUGUAGAUGAUUGUUUUGAUAUCGCUUGGAAACACUUGGUAAUAUUGAAUGGAUCUAUUGCUUUCAUCUUAAAUUAUAAAAAGACAUCUACAUUUGACAUUUUAAUUUUGGGCGAAGUCGGUGUAAAGAAAUCAUGGACUAAACUUUUCACCGUAGGAGCCUUACCAGCUUGCCUUGCAUAUCCUUUUAUUGCGGGAAACAAAGGCAAGAUAUUGUUCGGAAGAAAAGACGGUGAACUAGUAUGGUUCGAUUUAAAUACCGGAAUGAUUGAUGAGAUUGGGGUUAAAGCAACGAAAUAUAGUUGUAUGAUGCUAUUCCAUAAAGAAUGUAUUCUUCCAAUUGGAGGAAUAUAUAAUUGAUUUUUUUCUUCUUCUUGCUUUUAGCUAAGAGGUUAUGAUUAUGGUUAUUAGGAUUUUACUUUGUAUAUAUAGUGGCUUGCCAAAUGAUUAAUGAUUAUAUCAUAAUUAUGUUCUA